AUGGAUACCGGCAACCCUCUCGACGAUAUUGCGCCAAUUGCCAUCCUUAUGGAUGAGCUUAGAUCUGAGGACGUGCAGCUACGACUCAACGCGAUCCAUCGCAUAUCCACCAUUGCCCUUGCCCUAGGACCUGAUCGUACCCGGGAAGAGCUGAUACCGUUCUUACAAGAGUCCGUCGACGAUGAGGAUGAGGUUCUUCUCGCUCUCGCCGAAGAGCUUGGAAAAAACUUUGAGGAAUACGUUGGAGGGCGGAAGUAUGCUCAUGUGCUGCUUGGGCCGCUAGAAGUAUUGGCCGCUGUCGAAGAGACGCUCGUACGCGACAAAGCGACAGAGUCGAUCACAAAAGUAUCCGAAUCCCUCUCUCAACAACAGAUAGAAGCGUACUAUAUCCCUCUUUUGACACGGCUAUCUCGUGGAGAAUGGUUCACUUCUCGAACAUCAUCUGCGGCACUGUACUCGCCGGUGUAUGCAAAAGUUUCUCCUCAAAUAAAAGAGGACAUGCGUAAAGCCUUUGCUGCAUUGGCUUCAGAUGAUACGCCAAUGGUUAGGCGCGCUGCUGCAAAAUGGUUGGGUGCAUUUGCAAAAUCUCUUUCUAAAGAACACGUUCUGUCCGAUGCGCUUCCCAUAUACCGUAGACUCUCGUCCGAUGACCAGGAUUCCGUUCGUUUGCUCACGGUAGAGGACUUGAUUGCAAUCGCGAAGCAACUGGAGAACUCGGAAGUAAAGGAUCAGUUAUUAUCUCAAAUUAAACAAAGUGUAACAGAUAAGAGCUGGAGAGUUCGGUAUAUGGUUGCAAAUCAUUUCGUUGAGCUUGCAGAGGCUGUUGGACCUGAAAUUGUAAAGGAAGAGCUUAUCGGAGCUUAUGUCCAGCUACUUAAAGAUAAUGAGGCCGAGGUUAGGACAGCUGCAGCUAGCCAGCUUCCAGCAGGAUUCGCAAAACUUGUCGACAAGGAUGCUAUUCUGGUCCGGAUCUUACCGUGUGUACGGGAUCUUUCGACGGACCAGUCACAGCAUGUACGAGCAUCCCUUGCCAACCAAAUUAGCGGCCUUGCCCCUCUGCUCGGAAAGGACUCUACAAUCGAACACUUGCUUCCCUUAUUCCUGCACUUACUAAAGGAUGAAUUCCCCGAAGUCCGUCUGAAUAUUAUCAGCAAGCUUGAGACAGUAAACUCCGUCAUCGGAAUCGACUUGCUUUCCCAGUCUCUCUUACCGGCUAUCGUAGAGUUGGCCGAAGAUAAGUCAUGGCGAGUAAGACAGGCGAUUAUAGAAUAUAUCCCACUCCUUGCCACUCAGCUGGGUCGACCAUUCUUCGACGAGCAGCUCAGUAAUCUGUGUCUGUCAUGGUUGGGAGAUAACGUCUUCAGUAUCCGUGAAGCUGCGACCUUGAAUCUGAAGAAGUUAACAGAAGUAUUCGGGGUCGAGUGGUCAAAAAAUACGAUCAUACCGAAGGUUCUGGCCAUGGGAGGGCAUCCCAACUACUUAUUUAGGAUGACAACGGUCUUGGCGAUCACGACUAUGACUCCAUCUCUCAACAUAGACGUUAUCAGGGAUCCGAUUUUGCAAACGCUUCUUACCCUCGUGGGAGAUCCUAUCCCAAACAUUCGUUUUAACGUGGCUAAGUCAAUGGAAGUGAUUGCAUCGACAUACGGAUCUUCUUCUGAAGGACAGGAGUUAGCGAAGGAUAAAAUUCUUCCCGCUCUCAAGCUUUUACAACAUGACGCAGAUGCAGACGUGCGAUACUUCGCUGGGCGGGCCUUGGAAAAUACACUAGCAGCUGCGUCGAUUGCAGGUGAUGUGAAAAAUACAUAUUUCUUUAUUGCAUUAUUGACAUAUCGCUCGAAUUGUUUGCUGACAGAUUAA